AUGCCUGAAGAUAUCUGUGAACAAAUUAUAAAGCUUGCAAAUGAAGCACCCAAGAUUCCUGAAGAUCUUUACCACUUGAUCAAGAAAGCAAUUGCUAUUCGUAAACACUUAGAAUGUAAUCGUAGUGAUAAGGAUUCUAAAUUCUGGUUAAUUUUAAUAGAAUCAAGAAUCCACCACCUUGCCAGAUUCUAUAAAACAUCAGGACAACUUUAUCCAGACUGGAAAUUGUAUCCUUAG